UCCAGGGGCGUUGGACUGUGGGUAAUGUUAUGUAAAUCCCUUACAGGAGGGGGUCCCACGGAAAGGCAAAAUCGAUGUUGCACGAUAUUAUCAUGAAAAAGUUACAUAUAGUAAUAACAUGCUAUGAGGAGGAAUAAAACAUUGUGAGACCCUGUUGUCCAUCCUUAAAAUUAGGGAAUUUACCUCUUCUGCCUUGUCUAUUAUGGACCCCCUCCCCACCCCAAAGGAAAUCAAAAGUGUUAUGGUCUUAAUGUUCAGCCAGCCACAGUUCAAAUUGUGAACACAUAUGUACAUUACUACUAAUAGCGUAUCUACGAAAUUAAGCCGAAAUCAGACUUUGAAAAGAGAAAGCAGCAGAGAGAGACACUUUAUGAGUUUCGUACAGAAAAAAGUCAGCCAUACAAUGGAAACAGGGUCCAAAAUUAACACGUGCCAAAUGACAUAAAAGUUGUGAGGGACUUGUCUGGUGACAUUAUUAGCAACUGCAUCAUUGCAUGCUUUAAAUUGAAAUGUGAGACUAGAAAUCUGAUGCUUGCUAAAUAAAGUGACAUGCACGAUUCAAAUCAGAUUUUCUGUUCGCUGAUCUAACAUCUUAAUUUCCUGGAAUAUAAGUCAAGUUUUUUUUAAACGUCUGAAAGGUCCUUUGACUUAUAGUCUGAAGUGAUUUAUAAACAUAAUUUAUAUGUAACUGAUGUCAGACGGUUAAACACACGUGCACCAAAACACAUAAGCUUAGACACAAACAUUAAAACAUCAAUCAUAGAGAUGAUGGUGGUGUUUUAGAGUUCCCUAUUCAGAGUAUUUUUCCCUUACAAAUUAUUUUAUGCAGCCAGUUUAAAUAUUUUGUCCAUCAUAACAUUAUUGUUCUAAUAAACUUGUCCAUUCGCGCAUCUGUGAAAGAGAGCACGUGAGCGUGCGAAACAUGAACACGACCUGAACCCGAAUAUAUUAACCAAAUCUAAAAAUUAAACCAGGAUAAAAAGGAAUGUGUAGACGGAGCUCUAGCGCUCCGAAUAGUGUUUAUAACUUCUUUUGAAAGUUCAAGCGCAUUCAAUUUUUACCUUUCACGGGCCAGACCCAAAAACUGACCCGUUCCGGGUGGGGAUGAAAUAUCUGCCCAUUUGCUUGUGACAGAAUGUCCCUGCAUAAUGGAAGGGGCCAGGGUUCCCUCUGCAGAAGUUGAACAAUCUCUGCCAAUAACAAUAACCUCCUCAGCCAAUGAGGGGCUAUUAGAAGGAGAGAUAAUCCGCCUUCCCUGACCCUGCUUAGGGUGGGAGAAAUUAGACUUAGAGGUGGGAACCCAUUGCAGCACAUCCGGCCAUGGGUGUGCUAGUGCAUCCACACCCAAAAGUGCAUUUUCAUCCACAAGAUAAAAAACAGUGGACACUAUACCUUCAUCCAAAACCAUGUACUGUCACAGUAUGCACUGUAUUUGAUGAAGGACUCACUUAUCUGCUGGCAAAACUUCUUUUAGGUAUGUAUGCGAGGACUAUGAAUAGAUUUCUGACAUACUUCAUCCAGGGACGUGGGCAUUGUAUCAUGACCCGAAUAUAUGAUGUAAGAACAACAACCACUAAAACUAUCUGCUCUGGUUUUGUUAAAAAAGUACCAGAUACAGUAAGCACAAGAACAAUUAUCUUGGAAUAUAUAGCACUUACAGUUGAGAAGAGCUGUCCAACUUGCAAUUCACUGCUGUUCUUUUUGCUGCAUUUGAAGCAGCGGGGUGGCGAGGCUUCUGCUCAGUGCUCUGGGGCUUUGUAGUCCUGCGUGGCCUCAUUCACAAAUCUCUUGUUCUGAAUCAUGGGAACAGGUCGUGAAAGGGCAGGAGGAUGCAGACUUUCUUUUCAAGGUUACAUCUCUGUCUCAGGACCGCAAUCGCCAGGCCAAACAUAUACUUCAAAUCAACCUGGGCAUUGAGAAAAUCGAAUUUCCCUUGGACACUUGGGCUGAAAACAAAAUUGAGUCAUCCUCAUCAUCAUCCGGCUCAAUACGGAGGAGGCGAACUUGCAUCUCCUUGUCAUCACCAUCUGCCUAGAUGUGUAUCUGCCUUCCACUAGUAACUGUUGGUCAAAUAGUGGCUUAAGCUCGGGAGACUCAGCAUCCAUAAUAUCGCCCCAUGAAAAAAGAUUCCACGGGAGUGAGGAUUGAGCCCUAUUUUCAGUUGGAAGGUUAACUGAAAGGCACAGAUCAUCAUUGGACGAUGCAGCCAGCCAGCCACACGAAGCCUCCUCUUCAAGAUCUUAGUCGGCAUUGCACUACAGUGGCACAACUUUCCGCAUCCACUAGAACUGCCUGUGCGUGCUUUUAUAGGGAGGGGGUGAGCUCCUUACUAUAAGCUGUGAUUGGCCUGUUCUUAGGACAGAUGGGGUGUAAUUGGUGCUUCCAUUGUCUGUCAUGGCAGAGACAUUUUUUGUAGUAAGAUACAGAGCAAAUAUUUGAAAAAGAACCAUGCAAUUACUGUGGUCCAUGUCCAAAAAAAUCGUGAUGCUAAGAUUGUACAUGUCAGAAAACAUGGUAAUACCGUAACACUUUUGGUACUUUUUUGUUAGCGAGUUCUUAUUCUUUACAUGCCUUAUAAUAUAAGAUAAACGGACUCAAGAUGGCGCCGAGUAUGGCUGCUGCGUUGCGAGCUCCGACACAACAUAGCAAUGGUUUGUUUGUUUUGUUUACAAUUCUUAUGUUUUUUGUCUUGGAUGUUGUCUGCCUUAUUGUCUACGACAGACAAACACUUUUGGACAUUGGUUCAGCGAUCUCACACCGAAAACCGGACUUCAGAUUCCUCAAUGCCAACCCGCUGUUUACAAACACGCAAGCGGAGCCCUUUGUCUGGGCAGCACUGCCGCGGAAACACAGGAGGAAAAGGGGAAACAGAGCCGGCGUUCUCAUCAGAGUAAGACGCAGCGCAAAUCGACCCCCGCUACCCACUAUUCUACUGGCAAAUGUUCAGUCUCUGGAUAACAAGCUCUGCGAGCUGAAAGCGCGGAUCUCUUUCCAACGAGAGACGAGGGACUGCUGCAUUAUCUGCCUUACGGAAACUUGGAUGUCUGCGGAGAUUCCAGACUCAGCCAUUGAACCCGCGGGGUUCUCCAUGCUCCGAGCGGACAGAGCGAAAGACCUCUCAGGUAAAACUAGAGGAGGUGGUGUAUGUUUUAUGAUCAACAAAUCCUGGUGUGAUCAGAGGAACGUACAUUCCAUCAAGUCUUUCUGUUCUCCUGAUCUGGAAUUUCUUAUGCUUCUGUGUCGACCAUUCUGGCUACCGAGGGAAUUCACAGCGGUCAUUAUCACUGCUGUGUACAUUCCCCCACAAGCCGACACAGACCGGGCACUCAAGGAACUGUAUGGGAGUAUAAGUGAGCAGGAAACCGCGCACCCUGAGGCCGCGUUCAUUGUGACCGGGGACUUUAAGAAAGCCAGUUUAAAAUCAGUCGCACCAAAAUAUCACCAGCACAUUAGUUUCAACACACGAGGGGACCGGGUUUUGGACCAUUGCUAUUCUCCGUUCCGGGAUGGCUACAAAUCCCUCCCCCGCCCACCAUUUGGCAAAUCGGACCACUCUUCCAUUCUGCUUCUGCCCGCUUACAGGCAGAAAUUGAAACAGGAAGCACCCACCCUCAGAACGAUCCAGUGCUGGUCGGACCAAUCAGACUCUACGCUACAAGACCGCACGGACUGGGAGAUGUUCCGGUCCGCCUCUGAUGACGACAUCGAGCUUUACGCUGAUAGCGUAAUGUGUUUCAUCAGAACGUGCGUAGAGGAAGUGAUUCCGACCAGAACUGUGCGAAUCUAUCCGAAUCAGAAGCCGUGGAUCAAUAGCGAUGUUCGCGCGGCACUUAAUGUGCGGACCUCCGCUUUUAAUUCCGGGAACGCGGAGGAGCAUAAACAAGCCAGUUAUGCCCUCCGAAAAACAGCAAAACGCCAGUACAGGAGCAAGAUUGAAGGACAGUUUAACACCACCAACUCUAGAAGCAUGUGGCAGGGAAUUAACAUCAUCACAGACUUUAAAGGGAAUAAAAACUCCGCCAUGAACACCGCUGCCUCUCUACUGGAUGAGCUAAAUACUUUUUAUGCUCGUUUCGAGGGAAAUAACACCGCCCUCGCGGAGAGAGCUCUCGCUGCUGAAGCUACAGAGGUUAGUUCACUCUCCGUCUCUGUAGCGGAUGUAACCCGAUCCUUCCGACGGGUGAAUAUCCGCAAAGCCGCGGGUCCAGACGGCAUUCCGGGCCCCGUCAUCAGAGCGUGCGCGAACCAGCUGGCUGGUGUUUUUACGGACAUUUUCAACCUUUCCCUCUCUUUGUCUGUAGUCCCCACAUGCUUUAAAACAUCCACCAUUGUGCCUGUUCCAAAACAAUCAAAAAUAACGUGUUUAAAUGACUGGCGUCCUGUUGCUCUGACCCCCAUCAUCAGCAAAUGUUUUGAGAGACUAAUCAGAGAUUACAUCUGCUCUGUAUUACCACUCAAUCUUGACCCGCUGCAGUUUGCUUACCGCAACAACCGCUCCACUGAUGAUGCCAUUGCAUCUACAAUACACACUGCUCUCUCCCACCUGGAAAAAAAGAACACUUAUGUGAGAAUGUUGUUUGUAGACUACAGCUCAGCAUUCAACACCAUAGUGCCCUCCAAGCUAGAUGAGAAACUCCGGGCUCUGGGCUUAAACAGCUCGCUGUGCAGCUGGAUCCUGGACUUCCUGUCAAGCAGACGCCAGGUGGUUAGAAUAGACAGCAACAUCUCCUCAUCACUGACCCUCAACACUGGAGCCCCGCAGGGCUGUGUUCUCAGCCCACUACUGUAUCCCUGUACACACAUGACUGUUUGGCAACACAUAACUCCAAUGCCAUCAUUAAGUUUGCUGAUGACACGACGGUGGUAGGUCUGAUCACUGACAAUGAUGAAACAGCCUACAGAGAGGAGGUGCACACUCUGACACACUGGUGUCAGGAGCACAACCUCUCCCUCAAUGUCAGUAAGACAAAGGAGCUUGU